CCCAGGGACAGCGAAUGACCGUUCGGCCUCCUCACUCAGAUUUUAUACUUGUCUCACCUUCGCGACCAUGCUGCCCGCUGUGCGAUCUUGCGUGCGUUGUGGUUGAGACCCCCUCCCUUUUAUUACGAAAUCUGGAGUACUUGUCUUGCCUUCGCCACGCCCGCUGUGCGAUCUUGCGUGCGUUGUGCACUUGUCUUGCCUUCGCCACCAUGCUGCCCGCUGUGCGAUCUUGCGUGCGUUGUGUGCUGGUCUUGCCUUCGCCAGCAUGCUGCCCCGCGUGCGAUCUUGCGUGCGUUGUGCCCCACGCGGGCAUCCUGUGCCCCGCGCGGGCAUCCAUCGGAGACAGGCUGGAAACUCGGACAACUGGGAAAUUCACGCCCCAAAGAAAGCCUGACGAUGCCCCCAGGCAGGCCAGAUCGCAUGGGCAGCCCUGCGAUAGGUGCGCUUUCUCGCAGGGCACGUUUGAUUAUCUUCAGUGCCCUGGCCUCCGUCAGGGGUAUCGCCUCGAACCGAUGAGGCGGCACAUGCUGCUGUUCACGAUGCUUUUUCGAAUGUAGUCCAUGUGUCUGUUCCGUGCCCCCCUCCACGCUCGCGCUGCUCUGAGCCUUGGCGCGCUCCUACUUAGGGCCUCCUCUUCAAUUUGGUUUUAGCUUACCCCCUCUUCAAACAUUCGAUGCUCUGUCAGUCCUCCUUCUCUUCCUCGUGUAUGACAUCCUCGGUGGCUAUGCUCCCGCCGCAGUCGCCGCUGUGAGCAUUGUAGCCUUCACGCUCUCUCGAUGUCUCGGGUCUCUGGCAGAUGUUGCGUCUGAGCCGGUGUUCGUUCUGUUUGCAUUCGCGGCUCCAGAGCCCUCUCAUUGGGGAGCACGGCCAGUGCUCGUGCAGUUCCCCUUCCUUGACGUUGCCGACGCGGGCACAUCCGCAGCACACACGCUCGGUUCGGUUGCGCGGUGUGUCGAGCUCUUCGGCUGGUGGUGCACCGCUCGUCGGCUGCAUGUUAAGCUGCUGGCGCUGUGCAGCGCGCUGCCUCCGCGCGGGGAGCACGGACACCACGCUCGCAGCCGCCAGCCUGCCUCGGGGCCCGUAUUGCGAGCACUGGUACAGCUCUUGGCUGCAUGCGAUUGGGGGUCUGGGAGGCUUCAACGUCAGCUUACCCUAUAUCAUCGAGAGUGACCUUUAAUUGCUAAUUACCGCGCCCCCCAAUGGGAGUCACGAGCAGCAGCUUCCCUGAGCCUCUCGCAUGCUGCCCUGCUGGCACCGAGGGCACGCCCAACCGCCAGCACCCUCUCAUUUUGCCAGGUGCGUCCUCGUCUAGGAAGCGAUGGUGCCCCAGGCUUGCCAUCAUCGGGUCGCCUUAUGGAGAA